GUACGCAAUGGAACAAAGGUAGUGGCGGUUCCUUUCACAUUUGAGUGGGAGAUAGUAAUGCAGGACACCAGCUUUCUUGGAGCUGAAAGCCACCCACUUCAUCUACAUAAGGACCCUCCAAUGUUCAUCUUGGGCUGUAUAUAAAUCCCUCUCACUGUUGACAGUUAUAACCGAAAAAGAAGCUAUCAUUCUGCUGCUUCCAUUUUCUUUAUAUAAAUCACGUGGUACCAUUCCCAUUUUUGCUGCAAAGAAUCUGAUAUCCAUUUGGGAAGUUAAAAACAGCUCAAACAAUCAGGGUAUAUCAGUUCCUCUACUUCUUUCUUCUAUUCCAAUGGCGGACCCGCUGCCAGAGUCAGAGCCAGAGCAAGAACCGAAGCAAGAGUUAGAGGCAAAACCGGAGCCGGAUCCAGAACCGGAGGCAGAGCCAAAGUUAGAGGGAAAACCGAAGCCAGAUCCAGAACCGGAACCAAAACCGGAGACAGAGCCAGAGUUAGGGACAGAACCGAAGUCGGAUCCAGAGUUAGAGCCAGAGUCAGAACCAAAACCAGAGCCAGAACCAGAAUCGAAGCCAGAACCGCAGUUAGAGUCAGAGUCAGAGUCGCAGCCAGAGACAGAACCAGCGUCAGAGUGGGACUCAGGGUGGGACUCGGACCUGGAGUCAUACACGCAAUCAGAGUCAGAGACAGAGCUGGAGCUUCCAAUUCCGAUCACCAUUAGAUAUGAAAUGAAUACUGAAUCUCGUUUCUUUUUAUGCAGUCAUUGUGGAAACCACGUCGUCAGCAUGGACAACUGUGUCGUUGGUGUAGAAGGCCCGGGUGUGAAUGGAAUUAUCUGCCACAACCCUAUCAAUGUGGAAAGCGAUGAUAUAUCUCGUAGUAAGAUAGUUUUAUAUCAGCGAGCGGUGAAUGUCUAUUGUAUUGCAUGCAACGGAGCCGUUGGGGAGAGAUUUACUGAGCUUACUCCACCUUACCCUCGUAUAAUGGAAGGAAGUUAUUUACUUCGUCGGAACUGGAUGCUGUAUUGGAAUGGAACCCAGUUGCGUCAGGCGAUAGGAGCCGUCGAUGACAGACCCCCUUAAAGGAAAAAAACAACUGUCGCUGCUGGUUUUCUUUUUUCAUUUUUAAGGGUUCUCUGAAUAGUGUCAUCAAAAUACAGUAUAAAUGUGAGAUUGGUAGUAUAAUGACUGUUAGCUUUGGUGGUUUGCAUGUGAUUGUGCAGUUAAAAAACAAGGGUUUUAUAGCCAAAGCUAACCAUUUUUGUGCAGGGAAACUAAUUUCUUUGAUAUGCUAUAAACACACAGUACUAGACAUUUCUUUGGUAUAUAGAAGCUCAUUUUUCCUGGUUAAGAA